CCCUCAACCGCGUUCACGCGUAGACUUUAUCGUUUCUUUGUGGGUUGGACCACUAUAUAUAACCCUUCAUUUCCCUCCCAUACCUCCAGCAGGUGCAGAGCCAUACACCUUCCAUAUUGUUCUCUGCAUCUGCUUCCAUUCAUCCCCCCCCUCUCUUCUCUCUCUCUCUCCUCCCCUAUCUCUCUGCCCCCAAACCCAAUCAAUCUCCAAGAAAACGGAAAACCAAGAAAAUAUACACCCAGAAAACUACCGUAACCUAAUUAAAUUAAUACAUUAUUAUGCCGUCAUUAGAGGAGGAAUUGUUCCCAUCGACGCCGGGCAAGGUCAAGAUCGAGAGGGCCCGGCAACUCCACAGAUGUUUCGCCUCGAUGAGCACGAUGUUCCUGUGGGCCCUCUUCUUGAUAGCCCUGACGGCGUCCUACCUGAGCUUCCAGAGCUUCGUCGACUCCGGUAGCCGGUACUUCUCCGCCUCCUGGGGCGGCAUCAACUGGGAGAAACAGGUGCGCAACUCCGCCCAGAUCCACCGCUCCGGUGGCCUCUCCGUCCUCGUCACCGGCGCGGCCGGCUUCGUCGGCACCCACGUGUCCCUGUCCUUGAAGAAACGCGGAGACGGCGUCGUCGGGUUGGACAACUUCAACAACUACUACGACCCCUCGUUGAAGAAAGCCCGUAGAGACCUCCUGAAGUCGCACAACGUUUUCAUCGUCGAGGGCGACAUUAACGACGCGCGUCUUUUGGCGAAGCUGUUCGACGUCGUGGCUUUCACCCACGUCAUGCACUUGGCUGCGCAGGCGGGCGUGCGAUACGCCAUGGAGAAUCCGCAAUCCUACGUUCACAGCAACAUCGCCGGGCUGGUCACGCUUCUGGAAACUUCCAAAUCGGCCGACCCGCAACCCGCUUUCGUAUGGGCGUCGUCCAGCUCGGUUUAUGGGUUGAACGACAAGACUCCCUUUUCCGAAUCGGACCGGACCGACCAACCCGCUUCCCUCUACGCGGCCACAAAAAAAGCCGGUGAGGAAAUCACACAUACUUACAACCACAUCUACGGAUUGUCGAUUACCGGGUUGAGAUUUUUCACAGUUUACGGCCCGUGGGGAAGGCCCGAUAUGGCGUACUUCUCGUUUACCCGGAAUAUUCUGCAGGGGAAGCCGAUAACGGUGUACCGGGGCAAGAACCGGGUUGACUUAGCCCGGGAUUUUACUUACAUUGAUGAUAUCGUGAAGGGGUGUGUCGGGUCGUUGGACACGGCGGGGAAGAGUACCGGGUCGGACGGGAAGAAACGGGGACCCGCCCCGUACCGGAUUUUCAACUUGGGCAACACGUCGCCCGUGACGGUGCCGACGUUGGUCAGCAUUCUGGAGAAGCAUUUGAAGAUGAAGGCGAAGAAGAACGUGGUGGAUAUGCCUGGAAACGGCGACGUACCGUAUACGCAUGCGAACAUAAGUUCGGCCCGGAGAGAACUCGGGUACAAGCCCACAACCGAUUUGCAAACCGGGUUGAAGAAGUUUGUUAGGUGGUAUCUGUCAUAUUACGGCUACAAUCACGGGAAGACUGUAAAUUAAUUUUACUUUUUUUUUUUUCAUAAUUAUUUUGUUUUCUUUGUUGGUUUAGAUUUUGUUGGAUUUUUUUCCCCUUUCUGGAAAGGGUAAAGAGAGUGGAAAUAGGAAGUCAAAUUAUGGAGAAAGAAAAAAAAAAGGAAAAAAAAAAACCGAGAAAAAGAAGCUAGCAGAUUCUUUGCUUGGGGAUGAGGUGUUUAAAUACUACUCCUACCCUUUAUCCUCUGUUAAGAGAUCUUUUCCCCCCCUUCUUUUCCAAAUUCUCGAUUUUACAUUGUUCCCUUGUCUCAUGGUGAUUCUAUUUGAACCCCAAGAUUUCCUUUCUA